AUGAUAAGACUAGAGAAAGAUUUCUUAUUUGUAGCCUUAGGGCUCCAAUUAGCCUGGUGCAGGGUGCCUGCCUGGUGGGCCUCGGAUAGAUCGCCUUUCGACGGUUCUUGCUGCUCAGGGUAUCGGCCUGUCGACUCGGCAAGUCUAGACACCCCAGAUGAAGAUGAACUAGAUCCGAUCCCAAAAUACAGGGUGGUUUUACUCGGCGAUGCUGGCGUGGGGAAGACGGCUUUAGUGUCACAAUUUAUGACGUCAGAAUAUAUGAAUACUUACGACGCAAGCUUAGAUGAUGAAUUCGGCGAAAAGUCAGUGUCAGUUCUACUGGAUGGUGAAGAAUCGGAACUUAUCUUUAUAGAUCACCCGAGCACAGAAAUGUCGGUUGAAAACUGCCUCUCAACAUACGAGCCACAUGCCUGUGUAGUUGUAUACUCUGUGGUUGCAAAGAGCUCGCUUACCCGAGCCGCAGAACUUCUGGCAUAUUUAGCCAGGGAACAGUUUACGGUGGAGAGAACAGUCGUACUCGUGGGUAACAAAGCUGAUCUGGCCAGAGCUCGGCAGGUGUCUACCAAUGAGGGUAAAGGAUUGGCAACUUCAAGAGAUAGUAAGUUCAUCGAAACUUCAUCAGGCAUCCAGCACAACGUCGACGAACUUUUAGUCGGUAUUCUUAAACAGAUCCGCCUCAAAGAGAGCAGGGAUAAAAAACAUGCUAAGAAAACAAAACAGGAAGCGAAACCAUCCAAACUUGCUAGCUCACGGACUCAUAUAUCCUUGAGCAUCGCAAGGGAACUAUUGCAGAAGAUUUGCAUCAAUGAUAUCUCAAAAUCCAAGUCUUGUGAAAAUUUACACGUCCUGUAA